GAAGCCAGCAAACUCCUCUUAGAAGAAUGGCAGACGGUCCAGCAACAUGUCGCCUCCACCGCCACCAUCGACUGUCCGUCCAGCCCUAAACUCUGUCAGGAGAUGGACGUCGCCUCCUUUCCCGCUAUUCGGCUCUACCGCCAGGAUGGCUCAGUAACACGUUAUCGAGGGCCUCGUCGGACCGCACCGAUCGACGCCUUUGUGAAGCGUGCUCUCAAACCAUCCGUGCAGAAUGUUCCUGGGCAGCAACUUGCCAACUUCAUCACCAACGACGACUAUGUAUUCAUCGCCAAGCUGCAAGGCGAGAGCGAGAGCAUCAAUUCUCACUACAGGGAUUUUGCGCAAGAGUAUUCUGAUCGAUACUCGUUUGGCAUCAUCACGAGUGGCUCUGUACCCUCCAAUGGCGUCUGGUGCUACAACAACGUCGACGGAAAUCAGCACGCGGCGACGGACUUGAACGAUCCAAAUGCCUUGAAGAAGCUUCUCAAUCUUUGCACCGCGGAGGUCAUUCCCCAGCUUACACGACGCAAUGAGAUGACUUAUCUUUCCUCAGGCCGAUCCUUGGUCUAUUACUUCUCCAACAAUGAAGCAGACCGCGAAGCAUACGUCAAAGCGCUCAAACCCAUCGCCCAGCGAUACGCCGAGUUCCUCCAGUUCGUCACCGUCGACUCUGGCGAGUAUCCCGAUAUGCUGCGCAAUCUGGGCGUUCGCUCCGCCGGAGGCCUGGCAGUGCAAAACGUCCACAACGGACAUAUUUUCCCCUUCAGAGGAGACGCUGCUGCUUCGCCUGGACAGGUUGACCAGUUCAUUGUGGCCAUCUCAGAAGGUAGGGCGCAGCCUUGGGAUGGGAGGUUUGACGAGGGACAGGAGGCGCAUGAUGAGCUCUGA